GUGCAAGUGGAACGUGCGCGCGGGGUGACAGUUAAAAGCGGCGGUUGGCGGGGAAGGAGGGACGGGGCAGGAGGCUGCCAUGGGCAGCGUGUGGCGGGAGGUGCUGACCCUGCAGCUUGGCCAUUACAGCAACUUCGUGGGCUCGCACUGGUGGAACAUUCAGGACUCCAACCUGUACUACGAUGCCGAAGUGAAGGACCCGUACUGUGAGAUCAGCAACAAUGUUCUGUUCCGAGAGGGCCAGACCCAGCACGGCCAGACCACCUACACACCACGCCUCAUUCUCCUGGACCUCAAAGGAAGUCUGAACAGUCUGAAGCAGGAGGGAGUAUUGUAUGAGGGAAGGCAGACAGAGCCCACAGUGACAUGGGAGGGGGGCGUUUCAGUGCACAAGGAGGAGCCAGUGAAAAAGAACCAAUUCCUGCGUGAUCUGGACAGACAUGAUGGCCAACGACACACAGACAGGAACCUCAAUGGCGCGGCAUACCAGGCAGAGCAAAGAGCUGUGCCUCAGAGACCACUGGACCUGUCACAGAGAAACUAUCAGUUAGAGGGCAGUGUGACGGUGUGGUCUGACUACCUGAGGGUCCACUUACACCCAAAGACUGUCAGUGUUGUCCAUCAGUACAACCACGAGGGGGACUCUGAUCGCUUCGAAGCCUUCGGCCAGGGGGAGAAGCUAUUCCAAGACCCAGCUUUUCUGGACGACUUUGAAGAUCGGCUUCACUUCUAUGUGGAGGAAUGUGAUUACCUGCAGGGUUUCCACCUGCUGUGUGACCUGCAGGAUGGCUUCAGUGGAGCUGCGUCCAAGCUGUUGGAACUGCUGAAGGAUGAGUACGGGGGCCGGGGGAUAUUCACCAGCGGAGUGGCCCCCACCUCACACAUGGAGACAAGUCCUGUGAAGGAUAUUUACCGGCUGCUGAACACCGUAAUGGGGAUUGUGAACUUGUCCAACCGCAGCUCCAUCUUCUGCCCGCUCUCCCUCAACGAGAACCUGCUGAGACGCCGACCAGCUUCCGCUGCCACCUUCCCUCACCUCAUCUACAAUGCCUCUGUGAACUACCACAGCAGUGCUGUGCUGGCGAGUGCCCUGGACACCCUGACUCUGCCUCACCGGCUGCAUUCCUCCAACCUCUCGCUGGUGCAGCUCGCCAACGCUCUCAACGUCUCAGGAAGGAAGAUGGUCAUGGCCUCGGCUUCGCUCCCUUUCCCGCUGCAGGAGGGCAGCACGCUGCCAGACGCGCUUUUCAGUCACCAGGGGGAGGUGCCCUGGAGGCCGCUGUCCCCGUGUGGGGAGCUGAGAGACUCCAGGUGCUUCUCUCAGUCCGUGGUACUGAGAGGGAUCAGCAGGGAGCAGCAGGUCAGUAACCUGCCCCCAGGGGAGAAACCCCCCUCCGUCUUACACGCCUGCCCAACAGGAGACGAGGUGCUCGGCAAAUACAUCUACAGCCAUUUCCCAGCCACACUCAGUGCUGUCCAUGUGGCUCAGACCCCGAGCAAAGUGCUGACUCCAUACCCACAACUGUUCACAGCCGCCAUCAACAGACAGGGACACCUGGCGGCAGCGGGAGCGCCAUCAGGUGGUGGAGUGGAAAGUAUGCCGGUACUGAGCGCCCUGCAGUCCUCGCCUGUGCUGCACAACGUUCUGAGGAACCUACACAAGGAUGUGACCUGCCUCGACCUCCGCAAGUUCAACAGCUUCCUGUCCGCAGGCACGGAGGUGGAUGACUUCAAAGAUGCCCUGGAGGAGCUGAGGACCCUCUCGCAAUGCUACAAGAUGAACUUUGACCUAGACGAAUCAGAGGACGAGUCUGACAUGGAAUAAAGAUACCUUUGCUCAGUGAGAGAGCCGUGUUUAA